AGCUUACCUAAAGCAAUCGGAGCUUAUUAUGACUUCAACUUUGAAAGCAAUAUUGACGCCGCAACUUCAUCCACACCCUCGGUCACAUCACAAUCACAAAGGUACGAUGCUAGACAUCAUCCAUCUCCGCAUUCUGGUACCAGACAAAAGUCUCCCCUUAUAUGGUGUGUACAAAAUACCGGUACAUCUUCUUGGCCAGAUGGAUGUUAUCUAACCGUCGAGACUCAGCUAGACUUAUCAACGAUAUCAAACUGUGAUAACGCUGUUGUGUGGCUACCUGUCCCCGCCGAAUUCCGCAAACCUCUUACCGAAUUAACUCCUGGUAGUUUCGCGCAUCUUGUUGUGGAAAUACCCUUUCCUACCGACGAUAUUCGUCAACGAUUAGCCCAAACUAAUAUACCCAUCGUAGGUGCUUUCAAACUCUGCUUGCCUAAUGGUGACCGCUUUGGAGAACUUUUAUAUUGUUCCAUAAUUCCCGAUGUGAUCACUGGUUCUUUGUUGUUCCGUGCUGGUACCCCUGAUAUGCCUAUUUUACCUCCUGAACCCCAUUGUGGCCAUGAGUCAUCUUCAGUCCAGCAACAGCCGAUGGAAGAGGAUUUUUGGCGAGCAGGCAGCGCUUUCAAUUCUCCAUCUGAUAAUGAUGAUCUACCUGACAGGAAUGAUCUACUUGUUUUCCUUUUCUUAUUUUCCUUCUCCUUCCCUCGUUCUCUUCAUGCUUCUUGUUGCUGCAGUUCGCGUAUGUGA